AUGGGGGUCGACGGGCCGCUGAAAGGUCACCGGUAUGCCGCCUUCACCCCACCCCCCAUCGUCUCGCUCCCUGGAAAAUGUCCCGAUCGACCCCUAAGGUUGACCGGUGUCUGGCGACCUGCCAUCGUCGACGCGAAGCCUGGAUAUCUGGGAGGUACGGUAGGAUUACAUGAGUACCAAAAACGUGCUAUGAUGGGCAAAGAGGGGAGGGCUCCAACCAUUUCUACAAUGUCGGAAUGGGAAAUGUUUGGCAUGCUGGCAGGCUGGUCGAAGGUUCCGUUGACACCUCUACUUUGGAGUUCGGCUUUUUUGGCCAGAGAGAGUGAUAAGAUUCGGUCCUGGAUCACCACUACCAAAACGCUAGGCGUUGACCCCGAUCCCCAAUUCAAGUGUAUUGCCAUGUUGCGACUGGUUAGCCAAGGGCGUAGCGCACUGAGAACUCAUCUUAUAUGUUUAUCAUGUCGCGCGCUCCUUGCCAGCGGUGCCACGAGGCUCCCGAGUGCCGUCGCAAAAAUUUGUGCGGUACGCCACUACUCGUCGCCGUCGGCCAUUGAUCAGCCCGCACAGCCCUCAGAGCCACCGCAAGAGUCAGGGAUCACCGAGAAAGAGGCUAAGAAGGGCCCAGAGAAAAAGCCCAAGAAAAGGGCCGAGAGACAGGCCAAGGGUGAUUCUGGGAAAGAAACCAAGAAAGAUUACAGGAAACGGAGCAACAAAGAUUCCGAGAAACCCACGACUCCAAAGCCAACGAAACCUUCAAAAGCUAAAUACUCAAAAUCAACCAGGCCUUCAAAGUCAACCUCAUCCGCUUUGACGCCAUCCUCGGACUCGCCCGCCGCUAGACAACAGAUCUGGCUCGAAACCUUGAAUUUGUUGAAGGACAUUAAGGACAGCCGCCGCUCGCCCUCUCAAACCAAACAUGAACCUGCCGUUGAGGUUGAGGAAAUACAGAAAUCUCCGGGCCGCGACAGAAGGCUCGAAGGCGUUCUUUACAUGCUGAAGCAGGUCCUCCGCCAGGAGUUGGGGGAUGCUACACAGGGCGUCGCACAUGUACCGAUCGAGAGUCCACCGGUAGAUACGCCACAGGAAAAGAAACCGGUCCGGUUAGGCAAGACCUUGAAAGAGGCCUUGGGUAUUGGAAGGCCAAAGGGGGACGAGGAAGUAGCGGAGGAACCGGUGCCGGAGGAGCGCUCGUCUGGGAAAGCUACUAGGAGGGCACUUAAGCCGAAGGCUGCUUCUUCAUCACCACAGAAAGCUUCCAAAGGCAGCCCUAAGGCCAAGGUCUCAUCGCUUCGCGCCGGCACCAAAACGAGCGGCAAGAAGUCUUCCGACUUCGUUGUCAACCGCAUCGAUGCCAAUAAAAUCGAUUUAACCCCGGUGGAAAAGGAACAGCCACCUGUCCCUAGUCUAGCUUACGGCCUGGACCGCGUGCUCUUCAACCCAGGUGUUUACCACAUCCAAGAUCCCCGCUCCCGGGUCUUUAACUUCGAUCCCUACUUAGAGCGCAUCAUGCCCAUCAAAGAGUUCGACUUCGACGCUAUCAAACAAUACGUCACGUCCUCCAAGGACAACGUCCUCAUUGAGACAGCCGUCGAGCACCAGAAGAAGUACACAGGCUCGACCUCGAGCAUGACUUCAACUCUUGCCCACUUCCACUUCCUCCUUUCGUCCUGGCGUCCCAUCAACCCUGCUAUGGUGUCCAAGGACUUCGAGAUCGAUUCGUACCGCUUCACUCGCAUUAUGCGCGCCCCCGCCGCCACCUUCCUACACUGGAAAGAUGGCACGUACGCCAUCGAUGCCGACAAGGAGUUUGAUACCGCAAACGUCCUGAGCAUGCUCGGCAAAUCCAUGGAGAAGUUCCUGACUCUACCCAAAGAAGAGUUUGAAAAAUACCGUCGAACAAACUCGGACCAGCUAACCGAGGAGGAGCGCAACGGCCCCGAGUCGUAUCACUACACCACCUUGGGCGAUUUCAUGAUGCGGUCCCAGCUCGACGCCUACGACCCCAGGCUUCCUGGGACCGGCAUGUUCGAUCUCAAGACUAGGGCCGUCGUCUCUAUCCGCAUGGAUGCCCGCGACCCCUACAAGGGUAUGGGCUACGAGAUCCGCAGCCGCUUCGGUCAGUGGGAGUCGUUUGAGCGCGAGUAUUACGACAUGAUCCGCUCCGCUUUCCUCAAAUACUCGCUCCAAGUCCGCAUGGGCCGCAUGGACGGCAUCUUCGUUGCCUACCACAACACGGAACGUAUCUUUGGCUUCCAAUACAUCCCCCUUCCGGAGAUGGACCUUUCGCUGCACGGCCAGGAGGACACAACUCUGGGUGACCGCGAGUUCAAGUUAAGUCUCCAUCUGCUCAACAAGGUUCUGGACAAGGCCGCAGCCAAGUACCCCGGCCGAUCACUGCGCCUGCACUUUGAGACACGAGGGGAUAAUACGCCCUUCAUGUACAUCUUCGCCAAGCCGGUCACCCCAGCCGAGAUUGAGGAGAUCCAAGGCGCUACGCAAGCUAAGGUUGAAGAAUUUGAGCGCGAGAUGAUGGGCAUUGUCGGGGGGUCGCGUGCCUUGGGGGGGGAAGAGGACGGAGAAGAGGCUGUUGACGAAGGCGACGAACAUGAUAUCGACGAGGCUGGGGCCGAGCAGAUCUCCACCUCUCCCGCCUGGACGGAGGUGAGGCGCAAAGUGGAGGAUGAGCUGGAGGACGAGGAGCACGGCACAACCUUUGUCCGCGAGGCCAUCGAGGAUGCUCUCCAGGAGAGCGGGCUCCUCCGCACCACGGCCCCCGACGAGACCCAGCGCUACGUCGACGCCUUCCUCGAGGCGAUUACCAGCAACGCCCGCCGCGUUGUUCCCGAAGCCCAGGAAUCUUCUGAGCCUCCCGAUUCGGUCGAGGAAACUGAUGCCACGUCGGCUGGCACUUCAAAGGCAGCAGAGCCCUCCGAGGAGUUGAACGAGGAGUCGGGCGAGGAGCCCGAAGAGGAUGAGCAAACGCCCGCAACCGAGGACUCAUCUGCCGACGAGCCUACCUUGAAAGACCUGAUUGUCAAGCUGGCGGCCGAGAUCCGUACGAUCCCCAGGAGGCGGCGGGACCCAGCCAGCGAAGAUGAGGACAUCACUUACGAAGACGAACCGAAAAACGCGGCCAGCCGUCGGAAGGUCGAGAAGAUCUUCUUGGAGCUCACGGAGCAGCCACAGGGAGAGGACAAGGUUGAGGAGGGCGUAGGAAACGGUGUCAUUGAGACGGGCACUGUGGUGGUCCAGCCUGGGGAGCAGGUGGAACCAACUGAGGCCGAGACGGCGGAGACAGCUGAGCCGGUCGAGCCGACCGAAGUCGCCGAGCCGAAGGAUGAGCCGCCUGCCACGACGUCUGAAGAGUUGGCAACACCGUCCGCCGAGUCAGCCACGGAGGCGGGGGAGACGUCGGCCGCCGCAUCGGAAGACUCCGUGGCACCCGAGCCAACCACCGAAACUCCUGCCACACCGUCCGAAGACGCAACACCUUCUUCCGCAGAAGCAGAAACAGAAACAAACAUAGAAGCCGAAGCCGAAGCAGAAGCCGAAGCAGAAAUCGAAGCCGAAGCCGAAGCCGAAGCCGAAGCCGAAGCCGAAGCCGACUCCGAAAUCCCCAGCGAGACCAAAGCCAUAAACAAAGAACUAUACGGCCUCAUCCUCACCAUCCGCAACAAGGUCGACGGCAAGUACGUCGAGCGGCCCGAGAACCUGACGGCCAAGCAAAAGUGGCAGGUCGAGUACGCCAUCGAGGAGGUCAAGCCGGCGCGGGCACACAACCUGUACAAUAUGGUGCUCAAGCGGCGCAAGAACCUGCUCUACCCGGAGCAAGGGGACCAGCGCGACCGUUGGUACGACAUGUUUCGCGGCAGCCUGGACCGCUACAGCACGACCGGGCGCAGGUUCCGUCGCGACGAGGACAAGCGCCAGCGCGGCCAGCCCGUCCAUGUCUAUGGCUCCCUGGAGCCGCUGCCGUAUGAGCAGGUGUUUGGAGCUGCGCGGGAAGAGACGGAGAAUGGACAUGAGGAUGAGGAUGAGGAUGCGCGUGAGGAUGUGGAUGAGGAUGGGCCGAAAAAGGAGUAA